AUGUCAUUUGAGAUUCGCAUUGAAAUCAAUGCGCAUGGUCAUGAAAGGGCAGUUAGCAGUUCAAAUGCGAUCAACGAUGUUAAGAAGAGUGUUUCGAUUAGGAAAAAGAAGGAUCCACCACCGAAUCUUUGCGGCGUUCUGGACAAAUUUUUUGAUUCAGUAACGGAGCUCGGUGUCGCUGGUAUUAGAAAACUUUAUAAGGAACAGUUGGCUGUCUACCGUGCUCCAGACUACCUCUAUAAGUUCGACGUAGUGUGUCUGGAUCAUUCUCGUGUCGUCCUUACGUUAGAAUCACCGCCUUGUACGAAUUAUAUCCAUGCGAAUUGGGUUCGCUUUGAAAACCUCGACCGUGUGUUUAUCGCCACUCAGGAUUUAGAAGAUACUAAUAGAAUAGUACCAUAUUUUCCACCGAAGCCAGGAGGAUUUGCAAAUUAUGGGAGAAUGUUUGUCAACACUAAAAAACUUGAAGACGAAGCAAAGUUUCUCGUAUAUACACUCGAAAUUCUACCAGACGGUUGUUCGAACAGUUUGCUCGUAAAAUUGAUUAAAACAAAGAGCGAUCCUGGAAAAUCGCCUUCUACUACUGUCAUGUUGAAAAUGCUUCGUGUUGUUUCAUCGGCGCAACUCGUCUCCGCGGGUCCCGUUGUUGUUCAUUGUGUAUCCGGUGUUGGUCGAGCACUUACCAUAAUUCUCAUCGAUGCAAUUCUUCAACGCCUACUAUUUAGUCACCUUCCGGUUGACAUUGGCGUGCUGGUUGAAAUGUUCAAACAUUUGCGAAAUCAAAGAGCGUCAUCUUUACAAAGGGAUACACAAUUUCUGUUUGUUGUUGCUAGUGUUGUGGACUACAUCGGAACACGAUAUCCUGGUCGAUAUCGUAAGAAACGAGACAAGUUCAAAGAAGACUAUCAGAAUUCUAUAUGCAUGCCAGGAUUACGAAGGAAUGGAUAG